AUGGACAAUCAAGCGACGGCGGCUACUGCCAUCGGUGUACGGAGAGAACCCUCUACAGAUCCUGUCAAAGCGCAGGGCAUUCUAGCAUCAGUAACUAAGAAGGAGAGAGACGCGGCUCGACUGUGGCAUCAGCGCUGGGGGUUCCUCUGCCACAAAAAAGAAGAAGAGGAAAAGGAAGCUUUGGAAUUAGGUUUGUCGGUAGACGAGUACAGAGCUGCAAUAAGAUUGUUAAGGCGUUCAUCCGAAGACAGAAAAUGCCCGGUCCCCGUGGAAGCCUGUAAGGACUCUCUUCCCUCUACGUCUUCAGGUAUGGUGGGACGUCGCGUUCUUUACCCUCUAGAGAAGUUCGGUCCGCUGGUGAAAACGUCCAAAAACUACCCCACCCGGCCGCCGCUGCCACCUGGACAAGUGUACGAUCCAUACAAACAAACUAUGGUCUUCCUCGGGAGCGUGGAAGGUGACCCUAUAUCGCACAAGCAGUCGCCGGCGCGGUGCGAGACAACAGACAUGUGGGCGGAGCUACCGCUGGCGGUGUCGCACUUCGAUACACUACAUUUUGGUGCGAAGUAGCUGCGAUUUUGACAGGCUACAGUUUGGUGCAAAGUAACUACGAUAGACAAUAGCUUGGUUCGCAAUAACUGUGACUUCGGCAGAUUACAGUUUGGUGCGAAGUAGCUACGAUUUUGACAGGCUACAGUUUGGUGCGAA